AUGAUGCUUAAAUAUGGCCAAAUUGUUCUACCGAAGGGUGAAUUAUGUAUAAGUAAUGUUUUACAAGCUGGGCAAGCUUUUCGCUGGGUUCUCAACGAGUCUGAGGAACGAUAUGCCACUAGUAUGAAAGUUGGUAAUGACAAUAGCUAUUCUGUAGUGGUUCUAAGACAACCAGAAGAUCACAUCCUGGAGUUUGCUAGUCUGAACGAGUCGUGUGAGCUGAAGACACUCAAAGAUCAUCUAAUUAGAUAUUUUAGGCUUGAUAUACCGUUGCAAGAGUUGCACUAUUCAGACUGGCAGAAAAGAGACGCCAGAUUCGAAGAGAUUACGCCUCAUGGUAUGAGGAUGUUAGGCCAAGAGCCUUGGGAAACUUUGGUAUCAUUCAUAUGCUCGAGCAAUAACAAUAUCUCGAGGAUUACAAAAAUGUGCUCGAAUCUAUGUAUUCAUUAUGGUAAUAAGAUUGGUACAAUGGAUUCGUUGGAUUUUUAUUCUUUCCCCACAAGUGAUGAACUGGUCGAGAAAGCUUCAGAGACGCAACUGAGAGAAUUAGGAUUUGGAUACAGGGCCAAAUUUAUUAUUGAGACCGCAAAGAAAAUGGUCCAAGAUAAAACAGAUGCUGGUUUUAAAAGUGAUACAGGAUUUUUGGAAGACUUAAAUUCAAAACUGACAUACGAACAGAUGAGAGAGCAUCUGAUGAGUUAUCAAGGCAUUGGACCUAAAGUAGCAGAUUGUGUUUGUCUCAUGGGACUAAGGAUGGAUCAAGUAGUACCAGUAGAUGUUCAUGUUGGAAGAAUCGCCAAGAGAGACUAUAAGUUUCAGGCCAAGAAAGAGCAGUUAAAAAAGUUGUCUGAGAAAUAUAAGGAACUACCUAUCACCCGUAAAAAGAUUAAUUUAGAAUUAGAUGCAAUUAGGUUAAUGUUUUUGGAAUUAUGGGGACCGCGUGCAGGUUGGGCCCAGGGAAUUCUGUUUACCAAUGAGGUUGGUAAGACAAGCGGCACUACUAGUACAGGAGAAAUUAAGAGAAGGAAACUGGUUAAAACGGAGGAGACUGAAUUGGGACCGGAUGGGAUACAAGAACACUCUGAAAAGAGAAUGGUAGAAAUUAAAGCUACUUCAAAUUGA